UAAAUACGGAUUACGGGGAGAGGUGGAGUCUCCACCUCUGAUGGAAAGAGAAGAAGGUUAUGUAAGUUAGGUUGGACAGAUGCUUUGUUUAUGUCACUCAUUGAACUAUAGAAGUUAGUUCUAUAGUUCAAUGAUGUCACCUGUUGCAUCGAAUAUUAUGAUUACAUCUACCAUUAAUCGUCGCAGGUGUGUGGGUGUGUUUGUAAUAUAAAAUCACCGGAUAUAUACAAUAAUUUUACACAAGCAUAAUUUUCAAUAUAUUCUUCCCGUCAAUUUACCCAGUAACAUGAAUGACUUCAUCACGUAUUUUUAUCGGCACAUGCGCAAAAUGCAUCCUGUAGUUUGGUCAGAUUAUAUAAAUGGACAACUUUACAAAUAAUAUAGAGAUACAAAUAAAUUUAAAGUAUGCAACAAAAGAAAAUAUAAUGAAAUAAAUGAGUUCAACGAAGAUCAAAUAUAAUGAUGAAAGACACACUAGAAUGCAGAGUAGAGUCUACUUGAUAAUUGGCAUUACUUAAUCACUUAGCAUUAGCGUCAAGAAAACUUGAUUAUGUAUUUGUCAAAUUCAAUUUUCAGUGUGAUGACAAAAUGCGUUUUCGAUUUUUAAAACAGAGAUCUAUAUUCCUGAUUGGUUCAGGAAUUGGCUUUAUUUUUCCACUAUUGCUAUCUUUAUUAAGAAAUAUAUUUGUGAUUGAUUCGAGGUGUGAGCAAACCCUGUUGUGGCAACCUGAAUAUUACUUGAGUAAAGUACCUCACCAUGAAGAAAUUGUUUUACGGCAUUGGGAAAAAGUAAAGAGGACAUCUGACUAUUUUAAUACCAUUACAUACUCUACUUGGUUGGCAGCACAAAAUUUAAGCUUACGCACACUUGAUUUGGAUAAAUAUUUAUAUGGUCCCCAAAAAGGAUAUAGUACCAGAGAGAUUGAAAGUGUGGAAUGGAACUGGUUGAAAAAACGAGUAUCUAUCACAUGUAUGGUUUUUGUAGAAAAACUUAAAUUGGGAAAAUCAAUCCAAGCUACAUGGGGUAAACGUUGUAACAAUAUUUAUUUCUUUGGACAUCGUUUGAAAGACACCGAAUUACCUAUUAUAAAUAUAGAUACAAAAAUUGUAUCUUCCUGGCAAUUGUUGUGUGAGGCUAUGAAUUACAUUUGGAAAAAAAUGGAUAAAUUAGAGUGGAUUAUUUUUGUAAAAGAUGAUACUAUAGUCAUACCAGAGAAUUUACGCUACAUGGUCGCUCCAUUAGAUUACAGAGAUGAUUACUAUUUGGGUCAUCCAAUAAUUUUAUGGGGUCAGACUUACAAUGUUGCUCGAUCUGGAUAUGUUAUUAGUAGAGGAGCAUUGGCUAAAAUAGUGAAAAUGUUUAAUACUACAGAAAAAUGCAUUGCAGGUGGAAAAUAUUGGAAGAAGGAAGAUUAUUAUCUUGGAAAACAUCUAUCAUCCUUGGGCAUACAUCCAUCUGAUACAAGAGAUCAGUACUUAAGAGGUACUUUUCAUGGUUAUUCUUUACAAAAUCUUCUAUGGGGUGUUAUAAGACCAGAUAACUAUUUUACACAUGCUGUCUAUCCGACAAAAGGAGAAUGCUGUUCACCGAUAUCCGUGACUUUCAGUAUUAGUGAGCCUGAUAAAAUGCACAUGUUAAAUUAUUUGUUGUAUCACUUACAUGUAUUUGAUGGCAAAGGCAAAUUUGGUAACGUACCUAUCAAGAUGCAUACAUCUGAAGACAAUGUAUGGAAGAUUGCUCUACAGGAGGAAUUCAACAUCACGCAUUUGAGCGAUAUAUCGAGUGACGCUUAUUACGAAAUAUGGCACUCGAAAUAUUUGGAACCAGGACAGCUAAGAAUUGCUAAAAACUAUCGAAUGACGCCAGAUGCACUUAAUUGUUUAUUGGCUAAUUAUAAAGCGGGAAACAAAUCUACGUUUAAUUGUACAAGUAAAACUGUAGUCGAUAGUACAAAAAUCUGAGUCGUUAAAACAGUUAUUAGAACAUUAUAACAACUUUAUUAUAAUUAUCAAGAUAGAAGAUUAACAAAAAAUUAAUAGACAGUGAAUAUUUUUAGUCUUGUAGCACACAAUUAUCUAUGCAUUAAGAUCACGUUAUAAAUUUUGACAAAUAAGUAUAUUAAUAAAGAUAACAUUAUUUGAUUUAUCUUAUUUAGUUUGCUAUGUUUAAUUGAUUCGAUUAGAUAUAUGCUGUGUAAGUCAUAUUAUUAAUAGGAAAUGGUUGAUAAUUACUUUUCCUGUGCUUUAUCAAGCCAAUUAGAGACUCAUUAACGUCUACAAGAGCGAUAAGUUAAUCUCGUUCUUAAAACACUUUCGCAAAAGCGUGCCUAUUUUCAUAAGUUUAAUCAUCGAUAUAAAAAUAAUUAUA